UUGGCAUUACUUUUCUUCAGUUCCACUACCAAUUCAAGUAAAAACGUAGCUGGUAUAUCGUGUGGUUUUGCUCAUGAUCGUGGGAAUGAUGGGAAUUCUAGUAAUCCUUACAUUAUGAUCGUUCGGGACUGGGACUACUGUCAAAUACGAGAUGGACCACUGGCAGAUCCUAGAACAUGUUUACAGGAUCGAGAGCAAUGGAUGCUGAAAGAAGGAUUGAAAUCGAAUUCACCGGAUCUGCUCUUUGGCGCUCUGCUCAUUGUGCUCAUUAUUCUGAUUACGCCACAGCGGCCAAAUUUUGCUUACUACCCUAACCCGUAUCAGCCAGACAUGGAUGUAUCCGUCGACCGAUGGAACUACUGA